UUAUAUACAAAAAACAUAGUUGGGAACAGAUUGCACAAUAAUCUCAGCCCAACUAUUCAGUCAUGUCGGCCCAAUAGAGAAAAAAAAAAGAACACGUCAACCUCCACCUAAUCUAACCCGACCCGUAGCUUUUAACUCUGUAGUCGUGGAGGCUAAACCCUAAACCCGCGCCGUCUCUCUCUCUCUUUCCGCUUCUCACGCUCACCGCCGACUAUGGCCAAGGAGAAACUGAAGCCUCUUCCCACCUCUGACGGAGGUGAAAUCGCCGAGACUACUCCUAGAGAGAAGAAGAAGCAUAAGAAGAAGAGCAGGAAGCGAGCUGAACCCGAUCCCGAUGUGCCUUCGACAAGAGAGCCGCGUGAUUCCGGUGUUGAUGAAGAUAGAGAUGGAGGGGUAGUAGAGGAUGCUGAUAACGAGCCAACGAUGGGUGAUAAGUUUGAGAGUCUUCACUUAUUAGAGGGAGAGAAGCAGAGUAGUAAGGAUUCUGCAGCGGUCGAUGAUAAGCCUCCUACCGCAGCCUCUGUGAACGUUCUUCUGAGACAAGCAUUGCAUGCUGAUGAUCGGUCUCUUCUACUUGAUUGCUUGUACAACCGAGAUGAACAGGUGAUUGCUAACUCGGUUGCUAAGUUGAAUUCAGCAGAAGUACUCAAGCUUCUUAAUUCCCUUCUACCAAUACUACAAUCUAGGGGUGCGGUUUUAGCUUGUGCGGUUCCGUGGAUAAAAAGUCUGUUACUUACUCAUUCCAGUGGGAUUAUGUCCCAAGAGUCAUCUGUGCUCGCUUUGAACUCCAUGUAUCAGCUCAUUGAAUCACGGGUAUCAACCCUUCACACUGCCGUUGAAGUUUCAAGCAGCUUAGACUUGCUUGUGGACGAUUUGGAUGAUGAAGAAGAAGAUGAAGGUCCCCUUAUCUAUGAGGACAAGGACACUGAUGAUGAAGAGGGACAAGGACCAGAUGAAGCAAUGGAAACAGAUGAAGAUGCAGACGAAUCAGAGGAUGAAGCAGCUGAUGGUGUCAAUGAGUUUGAAGAUUUUGACGACAUGAGCGAUUGAGGAAAGACUCCUGAAAACCGAAAAAGUUUUGAUUUGCGGUGAGGCUGUUUGGUUGUUAGAUUCUUAAGAGUGGGUCUAAAAGGUGCAGUCUCACGUCAAAAAGUCUCCGUAUGAAUUCUCUAAUACGUAAUGGUUGUUGUAUUGACUUGACUUUGUUUUGAGAAAGAGUUUUAUUUUUUCAUAUAAGUAAAAAAAAGAAAUUGACGUGAA